CAGUCCUGUCGAAAACUCAAACUCGGCAGCAUUCCUUGGCAACCCAUCAAAGAUUGUUGUUGUUUGUUGUUAUAUAAAAAAAAACGCACAAAAUGCUGAAAGGAUAUCAAAGAAAUAAACUAGCAUUUAAUAGUGUUCUUGUUUUAAAAUUUCGGUAAAUUAUAUUUACUACUCAUUGAGGGAUUACGCGUUAACUUUAGUUGCUACAAGCAGCACGUUGUGAAAGACAAAAAACAGUCCAGUAGAAUAUAUAAAACGGCUCCCUCUACGCCUAUAUGUUGGACAACUACUCGUGAACUACUCCAAUGUACAUAAAGAACUAAACGAGGCAAAGAUGUUCGAAAACAAAAAAUGAUGUAUGUACGUAUGUAUGUGAGCAUACAUAUAAGUAGUUAAUUGAAGGACAAAUUUGGUAUAGUGACCGGCGGGAGGAAAAACAGCGUAUUCUAAGUCGUGUUAUAAAAUGAAUCUGUGUAAAAUGAAAUCGCACUUGAAUUAAUUGUAAUGGAAAUGAGCCAUUCUAGUACAAAUAUGCAUGUAUGUAUGUACGUACAUAUGAGUAUUUAGAUACGACCAAUAUGAAGAUUAAAGAACACAAAUGCUGGCGUACAUGUUGAAGAAUAUGAGCAAACGCCGAGAAGUACAAAACACAUUGAUUAAAGCUACUCAGGAUCGUGUCUCAAAACAGAAGUAUAGUAACAAUGCAUAAAUGUAAUAGUGAUGAGCGCAUUGCAAGCACCAGUCCUAGCCCGAGGUUGCCACACAAACACUUGUCUUUGUUGGGCUUUUUGACAAAGCGGUCGAGCAGGAUAGAGCCACAUCCACAUGAAGAAGAACCAAAGAGACAGCACCGUCCUCCUGACUUGCGGCCCUCGUCAGCCUGUGGCAGUUACAAUAGUCACGAUGUGACUUUCGCCAAAUGCUCAAUCGACCGUCAGCGUUCACCAUAUUCUCCACAAAUUCAUACUGGUUUGAAAAACAAUGGAAAUUCUUCAUCAGUUAAGAGUAAAACUAUUCUGUCUUCUGGCUUGACUAGCAACGGUAAUAUUGGUAGAACGCCAGAUUCACAGGUUCACCGCCGUAGUAUUGAUGGCUCUCAAAGCGAUGGUGGCACAGCUGAAGUGGUACUACGUAAGACAACCAAAUAUCGGUCACCCAAUCACAAUCGCUUCAGUCACCAGUUUAGUUUAUGUUGCAAAGCAGAAAAGAAGCCUACUACACCUCCGGUAACAGUUCGUUAUAAUUCAAUACCGGACCCAAACAAUAUUAUGCUCAAACGCGAUAGUCCAACUUUAGGUUGGAGCUUUAUAGAUAACACAUCAAUUUCAUUGCAGUCAUCUGAUGAGAAUACGACCAUACAAUUGCCAAAAUGUGACAGUAAAAUUGCCAACGUUAAUAUAACAGAAUGUUCAAGUGCACCUGAAUCCCCGGUUACUGCGAAGCUGAUGUUUACUUCGUCGCAUAGCAGCCCGUCAAAUGUAUCACUCAAAAGUGGGCGAAGUGAACAAAUGCCUACUGAUAAUAAAAUAAAUGCCAAUUGCAGCGGACCGAUACGACCGUUGGCAGUUUCUGCUUGCCGGUCACGUCUGCGAUUGAAACUGUAUCCUCCUGGUAAAGAGCUGCCACCCUUAGAACCCACUGCUAAUGAUAUAAAACGAGCUACAACACCGCAGCACAUGUCUUCGCCAAACAUUGCGAUGCAGCCGGAGAUAGCUAGAGAAAUGGAAACAUAUGAGGCACAAAAUGUGCGAUUUAGUUCGCAUGAAAAUAUUCAAAUGCAACGUCUGCAAUCUAGUCAAGUGGGCUUAGCAAGACGUGCUCUACUUAGUGCACAGGUCUUAAGUUUAAUACCAACGGACAAAGCACGAGAAAGAAGUUUUCUGGACGGACACUUGGGAUCGUCAGCUUUGCUUGGACCAGCUGAAUUGGACCGCGUUUUGCCAAAUAAAGAGAUAACUAUUUUCGUUGGAACCUGGAAUAUGAAUGGUCAAAAUCCGCCCAAGCAAAUGAAUGAUUUCGUUUUACCACUGUCUGUUGAACAUCUUCCAGAUGUUGUAGCCAUGGGCACACAAGAAUCGAGUCCCGAUCGCUUUGAAUGGGAAGUGACUUUACAAGAGACCCUAGGCCCAUCACAUGUACUUUUCCAUUCAACAAAUUUGGGCACACUUCAUUUGGCGAUUUACAUGCGAAGAGAUCUUAUUUGGUACUGCUCAGCUCCAGAAGACGCUUCAUUGUCAGUUCGUACCGGAUCUGCUUUUCGUACAAAAGGUGCCAUUGCAAUAUCAUUCUGCAUCUUUGGGACGUCAAUGCUAUUCGUUACUUCACAUUUGACGGCGCACCAACAAAAGGUCAAAGAACGUGUCUCCGAUGUGAAACGCAUCAUCCACGCUUUAGAUUUGCCCAAAAAUUUGAACUUGCGGCACAAAAAUAAGGAUGUUACUCAAAACUUCGAUAAUGUUUUCUGGUGUGGUGAUCUUAAUUUCCGACUUAGUGAACCACGUGAAAAGCUUUUGGAAUGGAUUCAAAAUACUAAAUUUCCACUUCCAUCUCAUUUACCUCACGGUUAUAUGCACACCGACCAACUAUCUUCAGUUUUGGCGGACGGCGCAGCGUUUCGUGGCUUCAUGGAAGCAAAUAUAACAUUUCCACCCACUUAUAAGUAUGAUCCUGGAACUCAGCAUUUCGAUACAUCCUCAAAGCAACGCGCACCUGCGUAUACAGAUCGCAUUCUCUAUAAGUAUCGACAAUCACAGGGCUUAGGAAUGCGGAGGAGCAGUACGUUUACGCCUGGCGCUCCUUCAUAUCAGCCCCAUGUCCAAUGUUUGCUUUAUGACUCAGUCCCGUCUAUUACCACAUCGGAUCACAAACCUGUGUGGGCGUUAUUUAGGACCCAAAUACGUGCGGGAACAGACUCACUACCACUAGCGGCUGGCUUGUUCAAUCGUGAUAUUUAUUUAGAAGGCAUGAAACGGCGCUUAAACAACCAAUAUUCAGGUUCGUCCGCAGUAUGUUCCAUACAAUAAUGUGCUUUAUAUCAUUUAAGACUAUGUUAAAAUAUUCAACGUACAAGUAAGUAAAUGGAAGGGCUAUACAAGCGAAGAUAUCAGCUACAAUUUCCCAGUAACUAGUUACAUAAACCAAAGAAUAUUUUCAUAUAUACAUACAUAGAUAUUAGGAGUAUAGGAAACAUAA